CAGGACUUUUAUAUGGAGCCUUAACUGACGACUUUCAAACAGUAUGAUAUGAAAACAAAAUGUCUUUUGUAUUUAAAUCAUUUAAAUCGUAAAAAAGAAUAGUAAUUUUUAACUUAAUUACUUUAGUAUUAUGAUUACAUCGGAGACCUGGAUAAAGAUGGUUAUGACCAUAUGAUAAUACUGUUGAAAAAAUUGGUCAGAUAUAAAUGUUUUGCGUUAUAUUCCAUGGAAACAAUACACCGAAUCAUGCUGUUAAUCGAAAAUCUCGUGACAGAUCAUAGAGGUGCUUUAGGCGGAAUUUCGAGUCUAUAUGAAGUGUGUGAAUCAUUAUUACGACAAAUCAGAGGUGGUGAUACAUCCGAAGUAAAUAUAUUGUUAAGCAGUGAAGUAUUAGAAUUUUUCCAACGCGAAUCAACGUGGCUUUAUAAUAAUGAACGUUUAUUGCAUAUUACAUUUUAUACCUUUGCAAGUUUAAUACGUGAUCAUAGUGAGCCUAGAUUUGAGGCUUUGAAGACAAAAGAAAUAAAAUUCUGUAGAUUUAUAUUUGACAAUCAUUAUAAUUCUUUCUUUAAGAUAGGGAGAGACUUAAUAAGAUUAUUAAAAGAUAAUUUAAUCGUUCCCGAAUUUUCAUACGUUAUAAAUGCGAUUCCAGACGAUGUAAAGGCAACCCUCAUGAAACAAAGAACACUAGUUUAUUGUCUAUCAAGUCGUCUAACGUAUGACAUGAAUGAAAGAUUAACGCAUAUGUUGGAACAGCAUUCGAUAUCAGCUUAUAAGCGAAAAUUUGAUUUUUUUAAAACAAAUUUCUUAUCUACAGAACCUCGUUACUUAAUUGCUGAUAUCAUUCGAUGGGUAAUCGCCGCUUAUCGUUCAAAUAACGAGAAGGCCAUGAAUAAUAGAUAUAUAUUAAUUAAUUUUUUAUUGCAUGAGAUAGGAAAUAAUUGGGAAGCAAUCGAGUUAGCAAAAAUGGCAUUAGUUUAUGAUUGGCUGUGUUUUGAUAGAAACUGUAAAGAUCCUAAUGUAACGAGAGAGGGCCUAUAUUGUAUAGAACCUUGUAUACAAUUAAUUGUUGAUAAUGUUAAAUCAAAUAGCCUGAGGAUUGCCAAAGAUCUAAUAGAAACUUUACAUUCUUCAAUCAACAUUUUUCCCGGCUUUGAAAAUGAAAUUCGUGAAAAUGUCAGAGCAGCUUCUCAGGUUGCAAUUUCAUAUAAUAUUAUGACUGUAGAGGACAUCAAAACUAUUCGCACAAAACUCAGCGAAUUUGCCGGUGACACACGCAUAGUAAAGAUUGUUGGCGAUUUAUGGGGUCAUCUAAUGAAUGCACCACCACCAAGUUCUUCAUUACCUUAUCUUGCCAAUCCAUCACAACCAAUAGUAAUGCAGAUACCUUCUGCAACAAACAUUCAAAUGCCACAUCAGGAUGUAAACCAACGUUUUCCUGCAUCAUUAUCCCUUCCUCAAACACCUCAAAAUCUUGUACAACCAAAUCCUUUAUUUACUCCUUCUCACGAUAAACCACCAGAGGUUGCAGAUUUAACCGGACCCAAACCAGGAACAAAUUUUCAGAACCUUGAUAAUCAAACAUUACCCACAAAGAGACGCGAUUCAAUACCAUUCUCGGAUCAACCUUCAAAUGUACCUGUGGCUCAAGUCACAAAAUCGCAUGAAACAAAAUCUAUCGUAGAAGAAACAUCGUCAACUACACGAAUUAUUGUACCGUCACCAUCAAAUUCUGUGCCUGUUCCAGCUAGUUUAUGGCUUUAUAGUAAUCAUUUGAAAAAUUUUAAAGUAGCGUCUUUAUCCAGCAACUCUGUAGAUGAAACACAAUAUUUACGUCAAGUAUUGGGCCUUUUUUUAAAUGUAAUAUGUUCAAGAUUUACAAUUCUUAUUUUUAUUAGAAUUUUUAGUUUACUAAGAUAUUUUUUAAAUAUAAGGGUGUAAAAUUGGAUGCUCCAAAUUCUCCACAUCUUACAGAUCUACCCUCUUUUAUUGGACCUGAUAUUUGCCGAACGCUAAAUUUUGAUGAACUUAAUGGAUGUUUUGACUUGAAUUCUGAAUGUCUCGAAAUCAAUCCGUCAAAACAGAAUUUAUUUAAUUGUUUAGUAUCUUGGGUUUUUGAUCAUAAGGAUGAACCUUCGAGAAAUGAUUCACCUAAAUUUAAAUCAUUUGAGAUGUACAGGCUUAUUAUUAAAAAGGACGAAAAGGUACAUGCAGAAGGCAGGUUGAAAUUACUGGUACACUGUUUCAGGUAUGUAAUAUAUAUUAUUACUAUUCGGUAUUAGCAUCAUAUAUUAGCAUC